AUGGUCUGUGAUGAAAUAAUCCCAGGACACCGAGACUACAAUCCUGACCCGAAGACUGACCGCCUUACUUUCUUUCAGGGCCUUGAGCAAGAUCUUCAGACCAAUCCUCCAUGCCAUCCACGAGCGUGUGCGAUUCAAGACUGCUUGACAAGAAAUGGAUACAACGAAGGCAAAUGUGCCAGGUUUGUCGAUGCUCUUUACGAAUGUUGCCAAGCCUUCUAUGAAAGGAACGGCAACGAUGCGGCAACCGUGAGCUGUCCAAAGGCAAACCUGCUGCGGGUGAAGAUGGAGCAAAGGAAGAAGGGCAUCCAGUGACGGAAAUUCAAAUGUAUCACUCAACCGUAUAUGUCCACCUGAAUGACCCCGAGAGGCGUCAGGUAACUGGAAGGGAUGGUGCCGGAUUUCUCUAGGCUAUCAUUGAGCGCG